AUGGGAAUCAAGGGUUCCAAGCCGAAACUCUCCAAAGAAGAUUUGGAGUUUUUGAAGAAGAACACCAAUUUCACGGAGGAACAGAUUAAGGAGUGGUACAAAGGAUUCGUGGUAAGCAUUUCGACGUGGUUCGAGCAAAGUAUAGUGGCGCAUUUUUGCAGCAAGAUUGCCCGAAAGGUCAUCUCACCAAGGAGCAGUUCAUCAAAGUGUACAAAGACUUUUUCCCGUCGGGCUCAGCGGAAGGGUUCUGCGAGCACGUGUUCCGCACGUUCGAUACAGAUAAUUCGGGUUUUAUCGACUUCAAAGAGUUUUUAUUGGCAAUUAAUGUGACGAGUUCCGGAACGCCCGAACAGAAACUGGAAUGGGCGUUCCGCAUGUACGACAUUGACGGAAACGGCACGAUAGACGAGAAAGAGAUGAUCAAGAUUAUCGAGGUGAGCUCUCUUUCAAAGAUAUUUUUCUCAAGCUUAUUCUCCUUUUUCUUUCUUUCUAGGCUAUCUACGAAAUGCUCGGCCCAGAAGUGACCAAGUCCGCCGACGAUUCACCGAGGAAGAGGGCCAAGAUGAUUUUCGAGAAGAUGGAUGUGAACAAUGACAAGGAGCUGACCCUCAAGGAAUUUGUUGACGGCUGCCUCGCCGAUAAGGAGCUCUUCCAGAUUUUGACCAAUGAGGUCAAGAAGUAA